GUUUUUCGGUUGCUCAGAAAAGCCCUCAUUUUGCGAGGCUUCCAGCUGAAACCAGUAGCCUGUUCCAAGCUCUUUCUGUCAGGAUUCAGGACCAGAUCUCCAUUACUCUCUUUCUCUCUCGAGGUCUCUAUCGUUUCUUCGGAAGAAAUUUCUCGUGAACUGCAUGUGAACAUGCAUUGAGAUCCGGCCGAAUAAGCGCAACCGAGGAUAUAAACGGAUCCAUUGCUUUCGUUUCAGAGACGGUGAAGUUUUAUUUGUCUUAGGUUGUUGAAGACGGAAAGCGAGACUGAGGCCUGAGGAAAAGAGAGCUGGAGGUUCAGGUUGUUGCAGAGAUCUGAAAAGCUGGUUCGUUGUACUUUUUCUUUACUAAUAGGAGUUGCAUGAAGAAUGUCUGUUGCAGAGAUCUCUGUUUUUUAGUUGAGUUUGGAGGUUUCCGGCUUCGUGGUGGAAGUAAUACAUAUAUAUUUUUGCAUUUGUAUUGAAGUUUAGAUAUUUCUUCUUCUUCUUCUUUUCAAGUUUUCUGAAGCUUGGUCCAGUCACCGACGUUAUAUUUGAGGAAUUCGGUUUUUUGGCUACUGAUGAUGCUUUUAGGGAAAGUAGGAGUUGAGUUCAUAGCUACCAACUUCGAAUUUUUGUAUCCGUACGUUUAUGCAAUAGUUAUUGAUGAACACUAAAUGGUUGCUUUUAAAGUUCCAUCAUGAGUUCGUCUGGCAGGAGCUCUAGUUGCUCGAGGGUAGGUAUCAAGUUGGAAUUCAUAAUAGUAUUGGUGAAGAUACUACAAGUGGGAUGUGUUGAGCAUCAUUACUUGUUUAUGUGUUGUCGUGAUUGAGAAGGAUUUCGACGCUUGGCAAACCAAAAAUGCUUGAUUUUUCUUUUACAAACUCUGUUGAUCCACCAACUUCUCUGCUGCGGGACCUGUUUGUGUUCUGAUCAUGACCAGAGCUGUUCGCAGUGGAUUUCUCAAAGAUGAGAACGGUGCUAUUAGUGAUCACCUUCGCAAUCACGUCCAUUUGACGAAUUGUAUUCAUUUGAAGAACCACAUGCACAGGCAGAGCCCCAUCUUGGCUGAAAGGUUACUUAUGAGGGAUCUUAUUGUCCUUCAGAGGUCAAGAUCUCUCAGAGAUCCUUCCACUAGUCCUCCUUCAUGGCAUUCUCCUUCUGUCAUUGAUUCAUUGUCUAAGAAAUUUGAAAAGGAGGCUGGUGUGCGCGAAGGAAGAAGGUCCGUCGGCAGUGAACGUCGGAGGGAAGGUAGUAGGCUAUCAGGAAGCUCCCCACCUAUCGCCAGUGUAGCAACAUCAAAAGUUGCUGCUGCUGAACUAGCCAGGGGCAAUGAUGGGGGAGCAGUUUCCAGUGAUCGCAGUAGUAUGGGUAGGGCCAGAGAUUCCAGAGGGAUUAAGGGAGAGGACUCUAGUAGAAGAAAUCGGAGAAGUGAUAUUUCAGUUGGCACUGAGGAGCCUUUACAAGAUAGUCACAAUAUGGUUAGUGGUUUUGUUCCCGGGAAUGUAGAAGGUAAAACUAGAAAGGGUUCACAGAAGGGAAGAUAUGGUCAAGAUGUUCACCUUAAGACUCUCUCAGAACAGCUGAAUGAAUUUCCACUUGAUAGUGAUGAUGUGGAAUCAUCUCACAUCCAUCGUCGUGGAAGACGUACUAGACAGGAAAACGCCAGUGACAAGCCAGAAACAAGUAUUUAUAAUCAUCGCAAUGGAUUGAAUAAGGUGAAAAAGCGCAAGUUUCGAAAUGUGAGGAGGCCUCGAGCCACUAUUGGCUUGAGAGAUAUUGGAGCACAAAAUGAAUUAUCUGUGGCAUCUAAUACAUUAGCCCAAGGUUCAACACAGCCUAGGUUUCAGGUGGAGGAAGGAGAGGAACAGGAUCCCCAGUUCGAAGUUACACAAGCUCCAAGAAAUGGGUGUGGAAUUCCUUGGAAUUGGUCAAGAAUUCACCAUAGAGGUAAAACAUUCUUGGACAUGGCUGGAAGGAGUUUAUCUUGUGGGCUAUCUGACUCAAGGUUAAGGAAAGGAGGUCCUGUUUUCCAAGGAAGAGAUUCUUCAGGUAUGCCUCUGGCAUCUGAUCACUCAGGCUCAUCUACUAAAUCUGAUGCUGAGGCACUUCCUCUGCUAGUUGAGCCAUCAGGGUCUCAGGAAAGUACUGAAAAUGCUGCUUGGGUGCGUGACUAUUCAGGAGAGCUUGGGAUUUUUGCUGAUCAUGCAUUGAAGCGUGAUGUAGACUCUGACCUUGCUUCUGAGGCUAGAUCCGGUGGUCAGCUCAAACCUAGAGGGAACCUCCAUGCUAGACAUCAAAGUCUAACACAGAAAUACAUGCCAAGGACCUUCAAGGAUCUGGUGGGACAGAACUUGGUAGCUCAGGCUCUUUCAAAUGCUGUUAUAAAAAGAAAAGUUGGGUUGCUUUAUGUGUUUUAUGGUCCUCAUGGCACUGGAAAAACCUCAUGCGCUCGCAUUUUUGCUAGAGCUUUAAACUGCCAAUCUCCAGAAAAUCCCAAACCUUGUGGUGUCUGCAGUUCAUGCAUUGCACAUGAUCUGGGAAAAAGUCGAAAUGUCAGGGAAGUUGGUCCAGUCAGUAAUGUUGACUUUGAGAGUGUCAUGGAUUUACUUGACAAUAUGAUUAUAUCCCAACUACCUUUUCAGUAUAGAGUGUUCAUUUUUGAUGAUUGUGAUAAUUUGCCCCAUGAUUCUUGGAGUGCCAUUUCGAAGGUCAUUGAUCGAGCACCUAGAAGAAUGGUUUUUAUUCUUGUUAGUACGAGUCUUGACAAUUUGCCUCAUAUGAUCAUGUCCAGAUGCCAGAAAUUCUUUUUCCCAAAGUUGAAGGAUGCAGAUAUAAUCUAUGCUUUGCAGUGUAUUGCAACAAAAGAAGAUCUAGAAAUUGAUAAAGAUGCACUAAAACUUAUUGCAUCACGGUCAGAUGGAUCUCUAAGGGAUGCUGAGAUGACUCUUGAGCAAUUGAGCUUGCUUGGGCAGAGAAUAUCAGUUCCUUUGGUUCAGGAGCUUGUUGGAUUGAUAUCUGAUGAGAAACUGGUAGACCUACUUGAUUUGGCAUUAUCUGCAGACACUGUCAACACUGUGAAGAAUCUAAGAGAGAUUAUGGAAGCUGGUGUGGAGCCAUUAGCAUUAAUGUCACAACUUGCAACUAUAAUAACUGACAUCCUAGCAGGAAGCUAUGUAUUCACCAAAGAAAGGCUAAGGAGAAAAUUUUUCCGGCGACAAACAUUAUCAAAAGAAGACAUGGAAAAGCUGCGUCAAGCUCUGAAAACAUUAUCUGAGGCUGAAAAACAACUGAGAAUGUCAAAUGACAAAUUAACAUGGUUAACAGCUGCAUUGCUUCAACUUGCUCCUGACCAACAGUAUAUGUUACCUAGUUCUGCUGAAACUAGUUUUAACCAUAGUCCCUUGGCCCUAAACAAUACUGCUGGGAGAGAUUUGGCAAGGAAUGGUAAUAUUGAGAAUGCUGAGAUUCCUAACAAUGAUAGAGGUUUGUCUUCAAAUAUUAGGUUAGACAACCAUGGUGGAAGUGCUGAUGAUGCUAUUUGCAACAGUGCCAAGACUAAAGGUUAUGGUACAGGUGGAAAGAGAUAUGCUGGGAGAAGUCCACAGUGCAUAUCUGCAUUGUCUAUGGACUUUGGUAGGGUAAGUGAAGAGCAUGCUUCAGGGAAAGGCCGCAAGACAAUUGAUGAAAUAUGGUUAGCAGUGCUUGAGAAAAUUCAAAAUAAUGCUCUGAAACAAUUCAUGUGCCAAGAAGCUAAGCUGGUUUCAGUCAGUUUUGGUGCAGCUCCAACUGUGCAGCUGAUAUUCAGCUCACCUCUGACUAAAUCCAAGGCAGAAAAGUUCAGAGGGUAUAUCUUACAAGCAUUUGAAGCUACUCUUGGAUCCCCACUGAUACUGGAAAUCAGAUGUGAAUCAAGGAAAGAUGCAAGAGCGGGGCUUCAAGUUCCUCUUAUCUUACCAGCAUCCAAGGAUGGUUCCUCUCAGAUGAUGACAAAGCCAGAUUCUGUAUCCAAUGACAGGAUGCCAAAAACCGGAAAUGACAACAACGGUAGAAAGAUUUUAAAGGACAGAGUUGUCAAAGGAGUUGGUUCUAGUCAAAACAAACUACUACUCCCUUCCCUUGAUAUGGCAACGAGUGAAAUUGUUGAACUAGUUGCUUCUCCUAGGGAAACCAAGAAAAUUGAGCAUACAGAUAAUAAUGGACAGUAUGGUGAAAGAAAUUUUGGAAGUACUUUGGUAGGACAAACAGAAUAUGCACAUCAGAAAUCUACUUUGGGUUCACAAAGAAGGAAAUUUGGAGAACAAUCUCAGAGUCAGAGCUUAGUUAGAAGCAAGGUGUCCCUUGCACAUGUAAUUCAACAGGCAGAAGGAUGUACUCAACGAAGUGGAUGGUCUAGACGCAAGGCAAUGUCUAUUGCUGAAAAGCUUGAACAAGAGAAUUUGAGAUUGGAACCUAGGUCAAGAAGCUUGCUUUGCUGGAAAGCAUGUAGAGCAACUCGAGGGAAGCUUUCACGUUUGAAGGUGAGGACAAGGAGGUCACGUUCAUUACUUAAGCUCUUCCCAUGCUCUAGAUGCCUCUCUACCAAAUCGAGGAGUUAAAAUGCAACAAGCAUGGCACUGAAAUCACCAGGGCAAUUUUCUUCAUCUUUUUGGGCUUCAACAUUAGCAUCCAUCUGCAUUAGUCAUUCUUUUAUCGGUGAGCAUAAACAACGGGUAAGGAAAAGAAUCAAGAAAACGGGGGUGAAAACAAGAAACAGUUCAAUUCAGAAUACCAUCAUAGGCAUCUAAAAAGCUAUUCCCAUCUACUGAAUUUGCAAUAGUCGAACUCCAUUGAUAAAAGGAAAUUACCGCACCUCAAACCCAAAAUGAAACAAGCAACACUCCUUUGGCCUUUGAUUGUUUGGAGUGCAAAUCUGAAUUAGAUACAAAUUUUGAACUCCCUUCAAUUUUGCAUCUGCUGUUUAGCUGUAUUUUUUUUCUCAUUCGCACUCACUGGUAAUGCAAAAUUUGCAUUCUAAAAACUAAUGCAAAAUUUGCACCACCUUCCUCCUACCUCAGUUCUCUCUUAUAUAAAGUAGGGACAUACAUCAUCUUGCUUCC